AUGCCCGUCCGCGUCACUCCGCAGGCGGAGGACGCACGUCGGGGCGCGGCUCCCUGGCUAGCACGCGUCUGGYUCUGUCACUUGCGCCCUGAAGAGGACCCGGCGCGCCCCAGCGCCUGCCUGGCGGCGGUGGCAACAAUGCAUGGAACCGUCCGCGCCCCGGCCACCAGCGUGAGUGCAGACUGCUGCAUCCCCGCCGGCUUGCGCCUCGGGCCGGUCCCUGGCACCUUCAAGCUGGGCAAGUACCUGUCAGAUCGCAGGGAACCCGGGCCCAAGAAAAAGGUGCGCAUGGUGAGAGGGGAGCUGGUGGACGAGUCGGGGGGCUCCCCUCUGGAGUGGAUAGGGUUAAUCCGGGCAGCCAGGAAUUCCCAGGAACAGACUCUGGAAGCUAUUGCAGACUUACCCGGAGGACAGAUCUUCUACCGAGCACUUCGAGAUGUCCAGCCAGGGGAAGAGCUGACCGUGUGGUAUUCCAACUCCUUGGCUCAGUGGUUCGACAUCCCUACAACAGCGACUCCAACACACGACGAGAAAGGGGAGGAACGCUACAUUUGCUGGUACUGCUGGAGGACGUUUAGAUACCCUAACAGCCUUAAGGCACACCUGCGUUUCCACUGCGUGCUCAGUGGAGCUGGGGCCCGCGCCUUCCUCCACCACGAGCACGCAGCUCGCCAAGGCGCUGCACCGGCGGAUGGCCUCGACCUCUCCCCGAAACCCAGUGCGGCUGACUUCGCCGUGCCGGCUCAGGCAGGCACUUUACGGUCCCAAUCACAGGCCGCGCAGACUCCCCAGGCCUGUGGGGCGCGGGAAAGCAUCAAGCGCGAGGCCUCCUCGGUGCUUUCAGCCACUUCGCCACCCCCGGGCAAAUGGGGACUUCCCAAGAAGGGCAAAGAGCAGUCGGACCGUGCCCUGGACAUGAGCGCGACAGCCCGAGCACACGGUCACUUCCUAGGCAUUGUGGGGGGUUCCCCACCUGGUAGCGGCGGCCUGGCCUUCUACCCAGGUGUGCGCUCGGCUUUCAAACCCGCUGGUUUGGCCAGGGCGGCCGCUGCCUCGCAUGGCGACCCCUACCGGGAGGAGGGAGGCRGCAAGCAGGGGGCUGGACUAGCUUUGGGGAGGCUCCUGGGAGGAGGCCGGGCAGGCGGGCGCCCCGGGAGUGGGGAGAACCCGGCAGCGGGAGGAGCGGGCCACCACCAUCACCACCACGCACACCACCACCAUCCCAAGUGCCUGCUCGCAGGAGACCCGCCUCCACCGCCUCCUCCAGGCCUGCCCUGCUCCGGUGCCCUGCGUGGCUUCCCCCUGCUCCCGGGCCACCCGGAAGAAGCUUCUGCCUUCAAGCACGUGGAACGUGCCCCGCCCGCUACCGCUGCGCUGCCGGGAGCGCGUUUCGCUCAACUGCCCCCAGCGCCCGGGCUACCCCUGGAGCGCUGCGCUCUACCGCCCCUCGACGCGGGCGGGCUCAAGCCCUAUCCGGGUGGCGAGUGCAGCCACCUGUCCACCGUCAUGCCGGCCUUUACCGUCUACAAUGGGGAAUUGCUCUACGGCUCACCGGCCGCUGCAGCUUAUUAUCCGCUCAAACUGCAUUUCGGUGGGCUGCUCAAAUAUCCGGAGUCCAUCUCCUACUUAAGCGGGCCUGCGGCGGCUGCGGCUGCGGCGGCAGCAGCCGCAGCUGCCCUGAGCCCCGCGGAGUUGGGUUCCCUGGCCAGCAUCGACAGAGAGAUCGCCAUGCACACGCAGCAACUGUCCGAGAUGGCGGCCGGGAAGGGUCGCGGCCGCUUGGAUUCAGGAACGCUGCCGCCGGCCGUCGUGACGGCCGGAGGCGGUGGCAGCAGUGGCAGCAGUGGCGGUGGCGCGGGUAAGCCCAAGACGGGCCACCUGUGCCUCUACUGCGGCAAGCUGUACUCGCGCAAAUACGGGCUCAAGAUUCACAUGCGGACGCACACGGGCUACAAGCCACUCAAGUGCAAAGUAUGCCUGCGGCCUUUUGGCGACCCCAGCAAUCUCAACAAGCACAUCCGACUGCACGCCGAAGGCAACACGCCCUACCGCUGCGAGUUCUGCGGCAAGGUGCUCGUGCGACGACGGGACCUGGAGCGACACGUCAAGUCCCGCCACCCCGGCCAGACUCUGCUCGCCAAGGCAGCCGAUGGCCCGGGCGCCGAGCCGGGCUAUCCCCUGGAGCCUGGGGAUCCCAAGAGCGACGACAGUGAUGUGGACGUAUGCUUCACUGACGACCAGAGCGACCCCGAAGCCGGGGGCGGCUUGGAGCGCGACUCGUAA